UAAAAAUGGUCAGUUUAGUUUGUGUCACUCCCCUGGACACAUCUUCGAUCUUCGCCUCGAUAUCUUCACCUCCACCUCCGCCUCCCAGCCAUCCGCCCACCUUCGAUAAGCCCCCACCACACCCACCACCACCACACCUACGAUGCAACUAUCCUUGCAUCGAUCCCUCUUCUUUUUAGGAGUCAUUAUUAUCACAAUAGUCCAGGUUGUGCAAGCUGAUAAAAAUAGUACGACAAUAAUCCAAGAUGAGGAGGAAGGUGAUAAAAAUAGCAGCAAUGUCGACGAAUGUGCCCAUUUUGGGGCGUGUUCCCAAACGUGUACAAGUCUUGGGGGUACUUCUCAGUGUUCAUGCAUUUCCGGGUUUCGCUUGAAGGAAAACAGAUCUUGCGAACUAAUUGAUAACAAUCCCAUCCUAAUUUUCGCCCAACUCUCUGCCAUUCGUGUCCACCAACUCAAACCGGGUAACGAGCAGGAUUACUUCGCAGACAGGUCGGGUUCGCCCGUGAGCGUGACGUAUGACGCGAGAAGCAACUUUAUCUACUGGUCAGACGUGAUGGAUAAGGAGGAGGCUAUUUGGCGAAGUACGCUCGAUGGGAAAAUGAAGGAGAAGGUCGUGACGACAGGUCUCGUCCUCCCCGAAGGUGUAGCUUUCGACUGGAUUGCGAACAACAUUUACUUCACGGACUCCAACAAGUCUCAUAUUGUCGUCUGUACCGCAAACGGAGGCAAUUGCAGCGUGGUCAUUGAAGAAUUGAAUAAACCUCGAGACCUCGCCCUCCAUCCGAACAUGGGGCAGCUCUACUGGACAGAUUGGGGUCAAACUCCGUGCAUCAUGAAGGCCGGGAUGGACGGCUCUGUACCGAUCGCCAUAAUCCUCGACAAUCUCAAGUGGCCCAACGGGAUCACUGUGGACCACGGAAACAAUCGGAUAUAUUGGACGGAUGCGGGGACGGAUAAGAUUGAAACGGCCAAUUUGGAUGGAGGUGAUCGCCUCAUCGUUCAUUCUGCUGGGAUCAAUCAUCCUUUUGGGAUUGAUGUGUUGGGGGAUGAUGUUUAUUGGAGUGAUUGGAACUUGUAUGAGAUUCAGAAAAGUAACAAGUUUGACGGAUCCAACCAUCAAAGUUUGGUCAAGGAAAAGUUUGAGCAGCUCAACGGACUCGCCGUCUUUCACAAAGCGAAUCAACCCAUCACUCGGAAAAAUCAUUGCAAGGAUUCCGACUGUUCGCAUAUUUGCACCCUGACCCCGACCUCGUACAAGUGCAAGUGUCCCGUAGGGAUGUAUCUUGAUCGCCGGAAUAAGAGAACCUGCUCAGUCGACAAGUCUUGGCCAGCCUUUGUCAUCGGGUACAACAACACAAUCAAAAUCUCUCCUAUCAACGCCAUCGGUGGAAAUACGUUUGCAGAAUAUGAGAUCCCGGAAUUGUCCACGAUCGUCGCGAUUGCCACGAUCCCCUUCAACACGACAGUUUUCAUUAGUGACCUCGACACUAAAAAGAUUUACUCGUACGACACAAAAACUCUUAAAUUGGCCCCGAUCGUGGACAGUGUGGGUUUCGCCAAAGGGAUGGGUUAUGAUGAAGUCGGAAACAAUCUGUACUGGGUGGACUCGAUAAGAAAAACGGUGGAAGUCAUGUCACUCAAGACGAUGACAAGAGUCAUACUCUUCAAAGAAACCGACCGACCAAUUGACAUCGUGGUUGCGCCAAAUAUCAGAAUGCUCUUCCUCGCCGAGACUUCCGAUCGCGGCGCAAAGAUCGUCCGAAUGAACAUGAACGGUUUCAAUCGUCGCGUUCUCUACCGCCAAUCUCGCGCUGAGCCGAUUUCCUUGACCUACAACAUUGACAUGCAACGACUCUACUGGACGGACGUCGUCUCUGAGACGAUUGAAUCCGUGGGGAUUGAUGGGACAGAGGGCUACACGGCCGUGUCCCGGGCCGGUUAUCCAUUUGGAAUGACCUCUUUCCGUAACUCGAUCUACUGGACGGACCGUCACACCCAAUUACUGAUGGAGAAGGACCUAUCCAGCUUUUCCGACCACAGGGGCAUCUUCCUCGGAGACUAUGCCGCCAUGCGAAGAGGGGAGGUCAUCUACUACGGAUCGGGCAGCAUGAUGGCGAAGGUGGCUCUGCUGAAUGGGGAGGCUGGAUAUAAUACGAAGCUGCUGAAUGACCAUGAGUGCACAGGGAAUAAAAAUCAGUGUUCACACAUUUGUCUAUUGUCAGCGACGGAGUUUGAGGGAACUUGCAUCUGUCCCGACAACUUAAAGCUCCACAGCGACGGGCACACUUGUAUCGGCCUCUCCGAUAAGGACGCCCCUUCCCCCGCCAUCUGCGUGGAAGGACGCUGUAGGACCCAACUCACCACGAAAAAACCGUCAUCCAAGAAGUCAAAAUCUGGCAGCAAGUCUGGUUCAUCUCGAGACAAGGGAAAGGAUUCGAAAGACAAAAAUACGACAGAUAUUAGUGGCCGAAGUGAUAGUGAAACCACAACGCUUGCUUCCACAAAUUCGUCGUCCUCCACAGAGUUCCUCGAGUUCUUGUUUCCGGAUGGACUCUCCUGGUGGGAUGAUGCCGAUGACGAUGUUGGCGAGAAGGAUGGCAAGAAGAAAAAGAAAAGCAAGCCUAAAAAGCCAUCUUUAUCCGAACUUGAGAAGGAUAAGAGGAGAGAGAAGAUCUUGGAAUAUGACGAGUACGAUGGCAGCCUCUCCUCCGAGGCGAGAGUUCUUCCCAAUGGGAAAGUGGUACAGAGCGGAGACGCCGUUAUCCAACAGGAGUCGGACGUCGAGAAGGACGUCAUCGUAGAGGGGACGCAUCCACUAGCGAUCGCAUUGGGAGUCGUGAUUCUCCUCGUUCUGGUCGCCGUCAUCGUUGCGAUUGUCCUUCACCGGAGGAACGUCCACCCCAAAGUUUUAGUUCGACCAUACGUCCAACAUUGGGUAAAAUACGUAAAUCAACCGGUGCAACGCUUCUUUGAAAAUCGAGGGGAUCAGAUGGAUUCUGGGAAGCGACAUAUUUACGACGAAGUGUAUCAUCGCCCAACUUCCGCAGAACAUUCCUACUCCAACUUUGAUGACUCGUCCGUAAAUGUGUAUGAGGAACCUGGGGACAGUCAUCGCAUUACGUACAGUCAAUCUGACAAACUAAUUCCGUGAUGGAAUCAGUCAUCAUCAUAAUCAUGAGUUCAAAGGAGAUUAAGAUUUCCACAUGGGGAGCAAUGCAAUGGUGUGAUACAUAUAUUUAUGAAUUAUUAUACUGUCGUGAUGGAGGUGCUAAACAGCUAGCUGGUAAUUAAUUUAUGCUAAUCAAAGCUUACUUUUUAUAUUGUACUGUCAUAAUAUUAGGAGUGAGGGACUAGUUAGUCUAAUUUAAUCUAUAACGAAGCUAUUAUAUUAUAAUUUUGUUAAAAUAUUGAGAGAUAUUAAAAAAGUUUGGAAAUUUGCAUUUGAAAUAA